AUUUACGACUACGUGACGUCAUCGUAUAUGUUUUCGUGCUACGUUGAUUUCUGCUACGAAGUCAAGGAAGAAUCGAAAUAAAUUCACCUCCAAGUAAAUGUUAUUUCAUUACCGAGGCUUUAGCAAACUGAAAUUGAUGCGAUCGUGAGAAGCAGGAUUUGUGACAUUCGAGAUGGGAGGGACAGACUCCAAGCUGAAUUUUAGGAAAGCAGUCGUCCAGUUGACAACAAAAACACAGCCUGUCGAGGCAGGAGAUGAUGCCUUCUGGGACCAGUUUUGGGCCGACAGUGUUACCAGCGUGACCGAUGUCUUUGCUCUCAUCCCAGCCGCUGAGAUAAGAGCACUCAGAGAGGAAUCACCAUCUAAUCUGGCCACUCUCUGCUACAAGGCUGUCGAGAAGCUAGUAUCAGCUGCAGAGUCGGGAUGCUCCGCCCCUAGAGACCAGCAGGUGGUACUCAAUGCAGCCCGCCUCCUCACCCGCAUCCUGCCGUACAUCUUUGAGGAUCCUGAUUGGAGGGGAUUCUUCUGGUCUACCUUGCCUGGCCAAUCAGCAAACAUGGAUGGGGUGGAUGACUUUUUAUCACAGCUGCUUAGUGAUGUUGAUCUCCAUUUGCCCAAAGAAAACUACCUGACACGGAGCGAUGAAGAAUCGUUACCCCUGGCCCAGUCUCUCCUUGCAGCCCUGUCAGACCUUCUCUUCUGCCCUGACUUCACCGUGGUCGCUGCCAAGAAAACCGGACCAGAGAAGCCUGAUGACCCUCAGUCAAUAGACAGCUGUGAGUACAUUUGGGAUGCAGGGGUGGGGUGUGCCACCGCCCCACCCCACUUUGCUCACCUGGAUCAGAAUCGGACUGAGAUCCUUAAGCUUCUCCUUACCUGCUUCUCAGAAACAAUGUACCUUGCUCCGGCCAGUGAUGCACACAGUCUGCCCAAUCAGUGGAUUAGUUUCUUCUGUUCAUCAGAUAACAGACAUGCCCUCCCCCUGUUCACCUCGAUGUUGAACAUAGCGUGUGCCUACGAUCCAGUGGGCUACGGGAUGCCGUACAACCAUCUGCUCUUCUCAGAUACAAGGGAACCUCUGGUAGAGAUCGCUGCACAGAUCCUGGUAGUCACCCUUGACCAUGCUAACCCUCACAAUGUGGCAUCAUCGGUUGAUGGAGCCGAAGAAGGUGUGUUGCCAGAGAACUUGUUUGUUAACUACCUAUCCCGUAUUCACCGAGAAGAAGACUUUCAUUUCAUUCUGAAAGGCAUCACAAGACUCCUGAACAACCCACUCAUCCAGACCUACCUUCCAGGGUCCACGAAGAAGAUAGCCUUUCAUCAGGAGCUACUGGUUCUCUUCUGGAAAAUGUGCGAUCACAACAAGAAGUUCCUCUUCUAUGUUUUGAAGAGCAGCGAUGUCUUGGAGGUUCUUGUUCCAAUCCUGUACCAUCUCAACGAUGCCAGAGCUGACCAGUCUCGUGUUGGUCUGAUGCACAUUGGUGUUUUCAUCCUGCUGCUCCUCAGUGGGGAAAGAAACUUUGGUGUUCGUCUGAAUAAGCCCUACAGUGUACGCGUUCCCAUGGACAUUCCAGUAUUCACAGGCACUCAUGCUGAUUUCCUUAUCAUUGUAUUCCAUAAGAUUAUUACAUCUGGCCACCAGAGAUUACAACCUCUCUAUGACUGCCUACUCACCAUCAUUGUUAAUGUGUCUCCCUAUCUGAAGAGUUUAUCAAUGGUGUCAGCAAAUAAGAUGCUUCAUCUUCUGGAAGCCUUCUCCACCCCUUGGUUUCUCUUCUCAAGCCCAUCAAACCAUCAUCUGGUUUUCUUCCUUCUUGAAAUCUUCAACAACAUCAUCCAAUAUCAGUUUGAUGGUAACUCCAACUUGGUGUACACCAUCAUCCGGAAGCGCACGGUGUUCCAUCAAUUGGCCAACCUCCCUUCGGAUCAAGCCUCUAUCUCCAAGGCCCUGGCUAAGAGGAGUAAGAAGCUUAGCCCUAGUCCAGCCAUGGACUACCCUGACGCUGCUUCGAUGGAGGGAUCCAUGCAGGCUGCGGACGCUGAGCCAGGAACACUCAAAGCCACACUUCUGGCAACACCAGGUGUGUCUAUGAUGACGGAGACAUCCAAGGUCAUGCCGGGUGAGGCAGCAGCGGCAGCAGCAGCUAGCAUGGAGAACAGCAAUGCAGAGGCACUCUCAGGGGGUGGCGGUGACAACAUGGCCCAGAGUAUCCAGACAGCCGUUUCCCCUCAGAGCGAUACUGAGAGUCACACCUCAGAAUCAAGCAGGGUACCACCCCAGGAUGGCCAAGCACGACCUGGUUUCAACAGUGAGGAUUUCCGGCCGGCUGCACUGCAGAGGACGGGAUCAACAUCAUCAAGCGCUGCUGCAAGCAUAGCGGGAGAGUGGAGACCUACUCCAGAAUGGGUUCAGUCUUGGAAGCAGAAGCUACCGCUUCAAACCAUCAUGCGGCUUCUUCAGGUCCUAGUCCCACAGGUUGAGAAGAUCUGCAUUGACAAAGGACUAACGGACGAGAGCGAGAUCUUGAAGUUCUUGCAGCACGGGACCCUGGUGGGACUGCUGCCUGUCCCUCAUCCUAUACUCAUCAGGAAAUACCAGGCUAACAGUGGUACUACCCUCUGGUUCAGGACCUACAUGUGGGGAGUCAUUUAUCUCAGGAACUUGGAUCCACCGAUUUGGUACGACACUGAUGUGAAACUCUUCGAGAUUCAGCGGGUGUAAUAUAUUGCUAACAGAGUAUAUAGAUCUAGGCUUGUAUCCAUGGUCCCUAAAUAGUACACCACUUGGUUUAAAUAUGCAUUUGGUCCAAUAGCAAUUCGGUCAUAAGCCCACCUGAUCUAAGUCCCAUUUGGUGUAACUACCAUUGGCCUAAUGCCCACGUGGUCUUGGUCUAAUGCCCACUUGGUGGAAUGUGCCCAUUUGGUCUAGUGACAGUUGGUCUAAUGCCCAUUUGAUCUGAUGCCAUAUGGUCCAAUCCCAUUUCAUGCAUACCUAACCAUUUGCUCUAGGUUUUUAUUUCCCUUUCUCAAAAUUUAGGUGAUGCCUAUUUUGUCAGGUACAAACUUUCUGUCUAAAUUGAUUUCACAUAUGAAGUUGUAAAAUAAAUGGGGAACAACCAAGGCAAUGAGACUGUCUUAAUAAAUAUAAUGCAACCAUAAGAUAAAUUAUUAUUAGGAGGAAUGGAUACUGGACCAAGUGAUGUUGGACCAGAUGGCAAUUUGACUAAAGUGUGAGUACAUGUAGACCAAAUGGGUUCAGUCAAUAUGGAGCUAAACCAGGGAAUUAAAAUCAACCGAUCAAUGUCAAGUUGAUGUUACUCUCUUCCCGAGACAAGCCUCUCCUUUAAUACCUAAAAGCAUAACUUCAUGAACAACUUAAUGAUGCAGCCACUGGUAUGUUCUACGUGUAUUGCCUAAUGUCGAGCGUGCCACUACCAGCUCAUCACGUGGUUCAGGUUUGGGAAAUUGAUUUUCAAAAAAUCUUAACAUGUUCUUUCUUGUGCAAAGCUAGAUUGCUCCUUUUAGCCUAUAUUUCAGCCUUCUGAUCAACUCUAAAUGACAUCCUUGCAUAAUUUAUUUAUAGAAAAAGAUGUCUGUAUAUAUUGAUUUCAUCUCAAAUACAAUUAUCACACAAUGGGCAUGCAUUUCAUUAUGCAAGUAUGUAGGAGUGGCAAUGAUAUAUGAUGGAGGGGGGGGGGCACCAAAGUUCACUAUCCCAAAUCAUAUUGAAAGGUCAGAGUGGAAUAGAUAACGUUAUACGAGGGAGUAAAGCAAGCGAGCUGAUGGAUAUUUUGAAACAAUAAUGGACAGUCGUCAGUGCAUGAGUGUGGUAUUUUGGCUUAAUUUAGAUUUUUGUUUUUAAGCUACAAAAAAUUCAAUGAUAGAUUAUCCCCCUGCCCCCCCCCCCUAAAAAAAAGAGAACAUAUUGAAAUGCGCUAUUUAUAUACUUCACAUCUAUUUGGCUUUCAGGUGAAUGCACUAAGAAUAACGUCAUGUAUUAGUAAAAUGUCUACCAGCAUCUUCAACUGUUCAUUGUACAUAUACAUGUAUAUGUAUUUAAAAAAAUAUUGUAUAUAAAAUAUGUUUUUUGGUCAAAGUACAGGGAUUUUACUUUGUAGUACAUACAUAUUUUACACCUGCUUGAAGUGGGACAGGUGUCACAAAAGAAAAUGAGCUAUUCUCAAAGCCACUUGUCAGUAACAGUGCUCAUGCAUUAUUUAAAGAGUAAUAAGAAAAGGACACCGUAAAGAAAGAGGCUCAGUUAGUAUUGGAAAUUGAUUUUGUUUUGUGUGCACAGUUUGUCAGAGACUUACUAUUACAAUCAGUUGUAAGAUUGAUUGUAUCUUUGAUGUCACAGGGCCUACUAGGUCCUUCAUGUCACUUAGGAUGUGCCAUUCUGGGGUGGGUUUCACAAAGAUUCAAGUGUGACUUCUAAAUCGCACAUAAAGUAAAAGAAGAGUGUUGUAUAUCAUAAUGCAUGAUAACUUGAUACAUAUGAUACAACAUUGGAAUACCUCCCCCCCCCCCCCCUUUACUCCAGCAUUGAACAAAUAUAACAUGGACUUUGAAUGAUGGCUGGUGAUAUGGUGCUAUAAUACAUUUCAAGGAAGACAUUUCCAGUUGCUUCACCAAUGUUGAACUUGGCGAAUGACUUGCCUUAAUCCAGCUUCACAAUGUAUAAUCCUCUUUGAUCAAAAUUGUGUUAAUAUACGAUAAGCACCUUGACUGAUCACAUCUACAGUGUACAUGAACCUUAUAUAGGUAGAAAAGAGUAAUACAAAUAUUCUUAUAAUUAUUCAAGCUUAUUCUUGCAUCCCAAAUAAAGGCUGAACCAGUUUAGGAUUUUCAAAGAUCUCCUUCCCAACAGAAUGCAAUGCCCAGGAGUCAAUUGCUCUGACAUCACUUUUGACUAGAAACCAAUUCUGCCUUUUCUGAUACAGUAAACCAUAGGGAGCUCCCAAGUAUUACAACACCAGUCCUGAUUUUCAUAUAACCAAUGCAAUGAUAAUUCAUGAAUGCAUGUAAAGAUCAAUUUCACAGAUUUCUAAGAUUCUACACUUUUCUGAUUGAUAGUGUUCUUUAUUCAGAAACCUUUUCUGCUUUUGAUGUAUGAAAAUACUUUCAGGCUUUGGGAACUUUGUAAAUGAAGUAUUGAUAACAUUCUGGCACUAUGCCAAAACAAACUAAUCAAAACUAAGAUUGAAAUAACUGAAAAUAAUUCCUUUUUUUUAACAUGUGGUUAUGUUGGGUUACAGUCUUAUAUUUUGUGGUGAUAUAUGAAACAUUAACUUCCCCAAAAAUUAUCUAUAUGUGCAGGUUGUCCACAUACAUGUAGACAAGUUCUUGUAAUACAUGUUUCGACUGGGGAAAAAUAUAUUCAAAAGAAACCAAACUUGUGGUCUGUUAUAGACAGAUGGUACUUCUUUGCAGACAGCUCCAUUUCCUUAAAAAAUACAUACCUUUUUGCACAAAUUAUCAGUGUAUGCAUGUAUAUUUUAAGAUACCGGUAAUAUACCUUGACGUUUCUUUUUCUACUGGGGGCCUGGGCAUUAAAGCCUACUGUCUCUUGGCAAGUACAUGUAGGUUGAUAAACAUUUCACCAAAGAGAACUUAAAAUGAUAAUUUUAAAGCCUAUUUGGUUGACUUUUGAGUGAUGUCAUGCAAGCAUUUUUUUCUUUCAACUGAAUCAUGUCAGCCCAAUCUCUUUAAUCGUAAAAUUUGUGACUCUGCAAUGCCGUUUCUUAUGAAAUACACUUGUUUUCACAUGCCAAAUGUAAUUAUUGAAGUAAUGAAUUUGAUUGUAUCAAAUAUGAGAGUGGAUCCUCACUAUUUAUUUGGAAUUGGUUUAAAUUAUUACAUGUUGCAUCCAAUGCCUUCUGUAUUACAAACAGAGCACAUCAUUUUUCAUUUGAUUGAUUUUUCAUUUGGGAAACCUGAUUGUGCAAUUCGUAGUCUUUAUUUUUGAAUCCUUGUAAUCAUUUUACCCAAUUCAAAUAAAAGGCCAUUAACAUAUACAAUUUGAUUGAGAAUAUGUCUUUAAAUGGAAAAUGACUAUUACAUGCAUAUAAAGACACUCUUUUACAUGAACUUUGACUGAAUAAAUUUGUAAUUUCUUCGAAUCAGUCUUGACUCAGGCAUCAUCAAAAUGAUAAGUAGACUAGAAGCACAAUUUCUUCUGAAAAUGUGAUUUAUUAUCCAUUUACAUGCAUGCGUCUCCAAGUAAUGUAGAGAUGUAAUCUGUUUUAGCGGUAUAAAAAGAGAAUUGCUGUUGUGCAAGUACCAUGCAAAGUGGUUGUUGCCCAAGAAGUAUUCAGUAUAAUUGUUUAUUGCUCUAUGAAGUACCUACAUGUAAGUGGUGAUGUCCCCCCCCCCUCCAAAAAAAAAAUAAUAAAGUAAUAAAUGAAUAAAUUAGAAAAGAAAUGGUAAUAAUAAUGAUAUUAAUAAUUGUUUCCAUGUCGUUUUUUAUGUCACAUUUAUGUGGAGCAUUAUGGAAAGACCUUCACAACCAGGUCCACAACUCAUAUUUGAUGGGAAUACAUAGCUCCACAGAGGCCCAAGAUAUGGCCGUACAAAUUUGCCUCUUCCAUACAUGUACCGGUAUUGGUAGGAAAAAGUCUGGCUCCAAACAGUUACAAACCAGGCCAGUACUCACUGAUCUCAUAGGGCCUAUUCCUUGCAAUGGGCAACUGCGAAUUCAAUUAUUUGGUCAGUGGAUUUUUUUUUAUCAUACUCUGCUGAAAAAUGGUCAUGAAAAUGAUGAAACGCACCAAAGAAAAUUACUGCCACAUUCUAUGUUUUGUUCUCAUAAUUAUUGGAAGAUAUGACCCUCUACAAUCUGUACAUAACCUUGGAAUGACUAUUUCCUUGUGACAUGGUGGAGACCUGUAGUUGAGAUAUAGCUGCUUCACUUUACUUCCUUUAUUAUUGGCCAGAAUAACUUCAUAUGCAUGCCAAGUUCUCCAGACAAAGGGGUUCUAGAAAAGGAAAAUGCAAAGUAGAAAAACAUACUUUGUUUAAUGUGCCAGAUUGAUUUAUCAUAGUAAAGGUUAUUAUCAUUGUCUUAUAAACAAAUGUAAAGCUAGGAUCACAAUUGUAUUUUAUUCCCAAGGUAUAUGACAUUCCACUAUAUGUAUAUAGGCUGAGAGUGCUCGUGUCAAACAAAUUAAAAGAUAUUAUUUCUUCAUUAUACUUUUUAAUGAUAAAUGUUGAUCUAUGCGUUAUUUCGUCGAGUUUUAACGAUACAAAAGGGAGAUUAAGUUAUGUUAGGGUUGUAUUUUUAAUAUUUAUUUUUAGUCUAAACACAUUUAGGAAACUCCUUUCGUGCUGUGAUUUGGUUGCUGCUUAGGUCUGCUGUAUAUAUUUUGUAUGCUAGUUUAUAAAGUAUUUAUUCCCAAUACGGUACAGCUUAUGGGUUUUUACAGGUAACACUUGAUAAUUUGUCUUUGCUUAAUUAACUAUUGAACGGCUUCUGUCAUCAUGUUUUGUUGUGUUUAUUUGCAUGUGGCUAUGGAAUGCUAUGAAUUAACCAGGUGCAAUACUUUUGUUCCAAAUUUUCUGUCUAAUAGUUGUACUGUUUCUGUUUUGUUGAUGUGGUCAUUACUAAGCUCAAAUUCUGCCUGUAAGUAGAGUAAUAUCAAUUUAGAUUAUAUACUAUAAACAUAUAUAUAAUUUGUUUUUUAAUUUCUUGUUAGAAAAAGAACAACUUCAUUUUAAGGGUAGGCUUUGGUAAAACACUGUAAAGUGGAUCUGUGAAAGCACUGCACUCCAAAUGGAAGAGAUCUAGUAAGUGGUACUAUGCACCCUCCCCCUACUCCUUUUAGCUCUUUGAUUGAUCUAAUUGAGCAAACGUUUUUUAUCAUCUGUUUUCUUUUUUGGAUUAAAAAUGUCUGCUUUUUAUAUUUUCAUCUUGGAUAUGAGGGAAAUAAAGAAUGGAAUUUUAUUUCAUCUUAUGAUGAAAAUAUUCCCUUAAACAUGGAUCAAAUGAUCUUUGUGCAAUCUAAAUGGCAUAUUUUUUUAGUACUUACAGUGUAUUUUCAUUUGUUUUGUUUUCUAAAACAUGUCAUUCCUAUUCAAUACAUAAGCAGUGCUGACUGUAUAAGUAUUCCCUUCUACCAUUACAGUAAUACAAAUAUAAAUACAAACAUUUCUUUAAUAGUACAUGAAUUAUAAAGAUAACUUCAAAAUGGAAUUGCUAUUUGUAGACUCGAUUGGAAUUCAAAUCCCAUGUUAAUUGAAAAAGAAAAUACUUACCAGGGUACACUAGUUUACCAUACUGAAUUAAUUUCUAUUAUGUUUAUUUUAGAUUCACUCUGUGUCAUGAAAACCAUGUUGUCCUCUUCUGUAUGUACAUGUAUAAGGGUGCAUGUGCAGUUGUAUUAUAUUACACCAAUUUAUUUGUUUACAGAAACAAGUUACAUUGUAUGAUACAUCAUCCAUGUUUGAAAUAAGUGACUGUCUUAUAAUUAAUGUCAUUGUUGCGGUGGUCAUGUAGACACUUGAUAUUGAAAGGUGAAGAUCAUUAGAAUUUAAUUGACUAUUAAAACAUUGGAAAUAACAAAUUGA